AUGGCUUCUGUAUUCCUUGGCGAUCUUGAUGACUAUAUUCAACCAUCACAGGCUUGUAUCAAUCCAUUAUUUACUUCAGACACGGCCUCACAUGCUGGUAAUAAUAAUGGUCAAUCUACCAACGGUUUGGCUAAGAUCACACUGCAGACGGAUCUUACCGCUGCAGACUUGGCAGUACCAGCACCACUAAAGCCUAAUAUUAUACGUACAACCACACAGGAGAAGGCUACGAUCUCGUUGGACGACUGUCUUGCAUGUAGCGGCUGCGUCACAUCGGCAGAGACCGUGUUAAUCUCGCAGCAAAGCUUUAAAGAGAUGUUAGAUGUGCUUACUGCUCGCACGUACAAGUUUGCAGUCGUGACACUGUCACCACAAUCACGUGCAUCACUAGCCGCUCAUUUUGGUAUGUCUGUAAUUGUGGUGCAUCGCAAGCUUGUGACACUAUUUCACACUCUUGGAAUGGACCUCGUAAUCGACUCGACGUGUAGUGGAGAUUUUGCACUGCUUGAAUCUCGUGCAGAAUUUUUGCACAGGUAUCGUAAUCAGCAGAAGACGAUCUGGGCACGACCACCGUCGUCGGUCGCGGUCUCGUCGGAAAAGAUAGAGUAUUUAGAACCAAGUACUACAGUAAAUCCUUUACAGGAUCCGCUGCGCGCUAUGCCAAUGCUGGCUUCGUCGUGCCCUGGAUGGAUUUGUUAUGCUGAAAAGUCCCAGCCGAAUGCCAUUCCGUUCAUUGACACUACAAAAUCUCCACAACAAAUAGCAGGCUCGAUCAUCAAGCGCUUUGUGAGUAGCGAGAAUAGCGUGGCUUUUGACGAAGUCUACCAUGUUGCGGUGAUGCCGUGCUUUGACAAGAAGCUGGAAGCAUCGCGAAAGGAUUUUCAAAACCCGGAAAAAGCAACCAGAGAAGUGGACUGUGUGCUUGCUACCACAGAGAUCCUUGAGCUAAUUGAAUCGCAGAAUAUUGAUUUUGCCGCACUUGAGCUAGCGAAUCUUACGCCAGAAGAGAUACUGCUGAGCGGCGUGUCAGAAGAUGGCUUGAGUGUUGUCGGUAGUAGCUUGAAUGCUAGUUCUGGUGGUCAGCUCGAACACAUUUUUCGUUUCGCAGCUAAGGAACUCUUCAAUCUGGAGGUCACCGGUCCGCUUGAGUAUGUAGCUGGCCGCAACCCGGACUUUCGAGAGGUGUCGCUGGUUGUCGAAGGAAAGGAGCUGCUGAAGUUUGCUAUUGCAUACGGCUUUCGCAACAUUCAAUCGAUUAUGACGAAGAUCCGGCGGAACAGGUGCCCGUACCACUAUGUCGAAAUCAUGGCAUGCCCGAGCGGGUGCUUGAAUGGAGGAGGUCAGAUAAGGCUUCAGUCGACGCUGCUGUCGACAAAGCUGCUUGAUAACGUCACAAGGCGCUUUCAGGAGCUCCAAGUGCGCGAACCGACUGCAAACCCAGCUGUGAAGUAUGUGUAUGAAAAGUACUUGGGUGGAAUGCCAUUCUCCGACACAGCGCGUGGAGUGUUACAUACACAAUACCACGCUGUUCCAAAGAUGGAGCAGUCAAAUCCCUUGGGCAUCAAGUGGUGA